UUUAUAUGGGGGCGGCGCGGCGCGGCGGGGGCGGCGGCGGAGCGGGGCCGUGAUCGCGGAGCGGGCGGCGGGGCCAUGGCGAGGCCGGCCUGACCCGAUCCGACCCGCGCUCGCCGCCGCGAUGUUGCCGAGCCAGGCCGGGGCCGGGAACGGCGCCGCCGCCGCGCUGGCUCGCGGCUCGGGGCUGGGCCGGUCGCCGGUACCGGUGCCGCGUGGGGCGAACGGCGGCGGGGCGGCGGCGGGCCCGCCCGGGGGCCGCCUGGAGCGGGAGGCGCUGUACAGCGGCAGCGAGGGCGACUCGGAUUCGGCCGAGGAGGAGGAGCUGGGCAGCGAGCGGCGUGGCGUGAAGCGUGGCCUGGCCGAGGCGGCAGCGGCGGCGGGGCCCGCGGCGGGAGCGGCGGCAGCCGCCUACAGCGGCGGCGGGGGCGGCGGGGCCGUGAGUGGUGCCAAGCCCGGGAAGAAGACGCGGGGCCGGGUGAAGAUCAAGAUGGAGUUCAUCGACAACAAGCUGCGGCGCUACACCACCUUCAGCAAGAGGAAGACCGGCAUCAUGAAGAAGGCCUACGAGCUUUCCACACUGACCGGCACUCAAGUCCUGCUGCUGGUGGCCAGUGAGACGGGCCAUGUGUACACGUUUGCCACGCGGAAGUUGCAGCCCAUGAUCACCAGUGAGACGGGGAAGGCAUUGAUCCAAACAUGCCUCAACUCCCCAGACUCACCCCCGCGCUCAGACCCCACCACUGACCAGCGCAUGAGCGCCACAGGCUUCGAGGAGACGGACCUCACCUACCAGGUGUCCGAGUCAGACAGCAGUGGGGAGACCAAGGAUGCACUGAAACCAGCAUUCACUGUCACCAACCUGCCGGGGACAACAUCCACCAUCCAGACAGCCCCCACCACCUCGACCUCCAUGCAGGUCAGCAGUGGCCCGUCAUUCCCCAUCACUAAUUACCUGGCGCCAGUGUCUGCCAGCAUCAGCCCCAAUGCCGUCACAAGUGCCAACGGGACAGUGCUGAAGACUACUGGAGCCAGUGCAGUGACAUCUGGAGGCCUCAUGCCGAUACCCACUGGCUUCACCCUCAUGUCAGGUGCUUCCCUUUCUCCGGGGACCCCUACACUUCCUCUCACUCAGUUACAGCCGCACUCCCUGGCUCUUUCCAGCCAGCAGGGCCAGGUGGUCAUGAGUAUGGCUGGACAGCUGCAGCAGGCACAACAGACAGUCUUCCGCUUCCCUGCCAGAGCUGGAGGGCAGAUCAUGUCACUGACAGGUGGUACCAUGGCUCAGCAGGUCCCAGUCCAGGCGAUCCAGGUGCACCAGGCACCACAGCAAACGUCUCCCUCUAGUGACAGCAGCACUGACCUUACCCAGACCUCUUCCAGCGGAACAGUCUGUCCCGGUGCCAGUGACCCUCCCAGCGACCAUCAUGACGUCGUCUGUGCCAACCACUGUGGGUGGCCACAUGAUGUACCCCAGCCCACAUGCGGUGAUGUACGCGCCCACAUCUGGCCUUGCGGACGGUGGACUUGCGGUCCUCAACGCUUUCUCACAGACGCCCUCAGCAAUGCAGGUGUCCCACGGCCAGGUCCAGGAUCAGGGUGGUGUCCCCCAAGUGUUCCUGACAGCCCCAUCAGGCACCGUUCAGAUCCCAGUCUCAGCUGUCCAGCUUCACCAGAUGGCUGUCAUCGGGCAGCAGAGCAGCAGUGGCAGCAGCCUGACGGAGCUGCAGGUGGUCAACUUGGACACCUCACACAGCGCCAAGAGUGACUGAGAGGCCUCUGCUGCUGGCCUUGUGCUGUCCUUGGCUUGUCAUGCCAGUGCCGAGGCUGGCGGCAAUUCCUUCUCAUACAGACUGCACCAGUUAUUUAUUGUUGCCUUUUCACGUUUCCUUCAUCCACACAUGCACACACACACACCCACCCACACACAUACACACAGGCAUGCACGUGGGGCUGUAUGACCCACCCGCGGUGGGGCUGUGCUGGGGCCAUGCAGGGCUUGGUGGUGUUUGGAUGCUGCAAUAGCUGUGUUUGUCUCAUGCCAGCCAAAGAAAUUUGUCUCUUGAUGGGGGAGGAUUGCUCUGCGCUGUAAAUAAAUACUGCGGGCCAUUCCCAACAGGAGGCUCUGGCUCCUUCUGGGCGCUCUGAGUCACCUUGCCCAUGAGUGUUUGCUCUGCAAGGGGCUCAGCUCAGACCCAGAUCUGUGCUGCAGGCACAGAUUGGAGUGGAGUGGGCCGAGGCUGUGCUUCUGGCCUCAGCAAUGUGCCUUUGUGGGUGUGACAGGUCCUGGCUGCACCAGCUCACCCUGGGCUCUGGAGAGAGGCAAGUGUCCAGCUUGCACGUGCAUUUCUGGUUGGGCAGGGCACAGCCUGCAGCACCAGCCCCAUCUUCCUUGUCUGCACUACAGGGAGCACUCUGCCCUCAGUGCCUCCUCACUGGGCUGCUGGCGGAUAUGGUAGCUUCCCUCACAAAGCUGAGGUGGUCAGUGGAUGGAUGCUCAGGAGCACAGUGAUGCCUUGGAGACCUCCUGGGCCAGGGGGGACUCUGCAGCUGGUGCAGCCCCACGCUUUCCUCUCAGCCCUCGCACUGCUUGUGGACUCCAUACACGCAGGGGAUGGUGGCUGGGUCUUUCGCACAUCCCCCCUGCAGCUCCAGCCAGUGCUUUCUUAAUUUCUAUCUGAUGCAAGGUGGAGAAACAACUCAAGUGUCAAAGGGAAGAUCCCAUGGGGCACUGAGCUGCUGGGCAGGUGGCAGGCUCUUCCUCUGAGUCCCAGGGUGAUGUGCAGGCCAUCCUGGGCUGUGGAGGAGCAGCUGUGAAGCCUGUGCAGGCUCACCAAGGCCAGGGCAGAGGGGCUUGGAGCAUGUGUGGUCCUGCAUGGGAGUUGCUGUGAGUGGCUCUGCUACCUAGCCCUGUCCCUGGAGGGAGAGCGAGCAAGUGAGAGAAGCUGCUGAACCCUUAGGGGAAGAAGCAGCUACUGUAACUUUUUUUUUUUUUUUUUUUUUUUUUAAGUUAAAGACAAAAGAAGCCUUGGAGGAAAAAAAAAAAAAAGGAAAAAAAAAAAGGAAAAAAAAAAAAGAAAAUGACUUUAUUUUUCUAAGUGUUAAACUCAGUAUUUAUGUAAUUCUUUAAGGAAUAAAAGUUUGGCUCCUGUACAGUUUUCAUGGGGUUUGUACCAGGGGAAUGGGAGGGGGGUGGGUGGGCAUGGAGGCAGGAAAGGGGCCUUGCUUUUGAGUUUGUAUUGUAACCUUGGACAUGUUCCCUCAGCAUUAGCGUUUAAGCUGCACUCACCACCCACCAGCAUGUGCCAGGGAUCAAGCUGAACCGAGUGGGAUGCUUGUUUCCUGCUUACCUGUACUGAGGACUCCAUACCCAUCAUUUUGGGAUUAAUGGGUAGAAGGCAAGUGAAGCAGUGGCUCGUCUUUAGCAGUGGGAAACCCCAUCCUUCAGGUGCAAGGGGCUUUGCAGUGUCCCUGGGAGCCAGAGAUGGGCUUGGGUUUUCUAAUGGUCCUGGGACCUGUGCCAGUUCUGUCACUGCUCUUGGUGUGGAGCAGUGCUACCUGUGACUACCUAAGGGAUAUGGGCAUCCCCACUCCUCCCUGGGGGCUGAGUGCCUCGCAGUGGCUCAUCCCUACUCACUGUGCAGGUGCCAUCUCCAGAACUCCUAGCUAAUGAUCUGAGCUGUAGUUCUCCCUCCAGAGCUGUUCCUUAGUGCACAGAUGUGGACAGGUCCCUUCUAAGCCCCUGUGUAAGAGCUCCCAAAAUGGUCUUUGAGCCCUUGGUUUGUUUUGCAGCCUGGGAAGGGUUCGUGGAGUGGCCCAUCCUGGUGAGUGAGACGCUGUGUGCUGCCUCCCAUUAGUGUCCUUGCUCUCAGAGUAAGGAGUGUGUGGGAGUGAUGUGCUCCGUCGCUAGGUGUAUGAAAGAUGCUCAGUGAUUCUGCCAAAACAAGGCUGGGUACCUUGGAGUUCAUCCAGGGAGAAGGAUGGGGUUGGGGUUUGCAUUGUCCUCUGCCCCAGCGCAUCGCUGUGGCCUGGCUUUGCUCUGCUUUGCUUCUGCUGGCGUUGUGGAGCAGAGCUGUAGGGCCGGGAGGGCAGAGGUGCCCCUGCUGAUUCAGGGUGUUCAACUGCAGCCCCUCUCCUGCUCCCCAAAGGCAACUGCUGGUUAAACGCUAAUGAUGUAUUUUAUUUAAGUGCAGACUUGUUAAGAACACUUGUGUAUCAGGGAUGAAAUGGCAUUUAUUGUGUGGUGACAUUUUAAAUUCAUUUUACUUGUUUGAGGGGUGUGUGCGUGUGUGUGCGCGCGUGUGUGUGUACGCAUAAGUGUGUGUGGGAUUAUUUUUUUUGUUUGUUUUUUCCCCUCCAGUUUCCAGGGUUGUGUUUCUGGAAGGAUGUGGGAGUAAUCACAGUACUAUGUACAGAGCUUUCUUUUGUAUUAAAAAAAAAUUACUCUUUCAAUAAAUGUUAUCAUUUUGUGCACAGA